CUUUGCUUCGGUUCGUUUAUCGCAGCCGCUGGCUUUCGACCAAAACUGCCCAUCUUCUUUCUGUCAUUCGUUGCUCGACCGUGGUCAUUAUUCAUCAUCGUUGUUCUCGAAAAAAUCGCGUGUCGCGUUUUUUCUGCUCUGUCCUCUGUAGUGCGUGCGUUUUCGCGUGUGGAUAGCAAGCGAUUCUCACCUAGUUUACGUCUAGGGCCGAUCUAUUAGGAAAACCGUGCAAGUUUUCCGAUCGUCACGAGAGUCCUUGCUAGUGUGAAUCAAUUUAUUUCCGUACAGGGAAAAUCUGUGUGUCUGAUUGAUCGAGGAGAGGUGAGACGAGGUGUGGCAAAUCGUAUAAAAUCGAAUUUCCUUUCUUGUGAAAAUUAAUCAAGUGCUGUAAUAGUUGCCCUUUUUAUGUGGAACGCUUACUACUGCAGCUAAUUAAUUUUUUUCUCGUCCGGACGCGGCGCGGUUUGACCGUGAAAAAAAGGCUUCAAAAUUGACUAAAAGAUACAGUUUGAAGCAAAAAUCGAGUUUUCCGUCUACGAUUUACCGCACCAUCUAAGCAUAAUUCAAACAUGAACGAAUUCUCGACCGACACUCGUAUAACUUCGCCUAGGAUACGACACAGAGAGCAUCCGCUUUGACCGGUUCGAAUCCACUAAUCAACGCAACGUUUGUAAAGACAUCCAGCAUCCCCGAGACUCCAACAUACACACACACAUAAACAACAAUUCAAGAGUUUGGUUUCGUUUGAGAACUUGAAAUUACGAUUGGUUUUUAUUUGAAUUCAACGUCUCAAGUGGAAAAUCCCCGUCAGAGCAUUGUAGGAUUCGAGACGCAUUAGUUUGAUCCUUCCUAACCCAACUGCGUGGAGUUUUAUCGCUAAACUGAAUCGCUCCAAAACGUUUUAGAAGUUGUUUUGUUCGGUCUGUUUCAAGACAGGGUCCUGAAGUUCCCCUUCAGGAAAGCGAUUUUUUGAGCUCGUGCUCGCAGGUUCUUGCAUUGUGUUUACCUUCGCCUUAAAUUGAGCUUAGCAGAAAAUCAUUAGUUGGCAAACUCUUCUCGUUUUCAAACAACCUAAACCCCCAAAAAAUGAUGGCUGUUUUUACAAAACUAUGCUUACCCGAUAUUGUUAAAUUAAAACGCUAGUUAGUAAACACUUUGUCCAUCCCCUGGUUGGAGGAGGUAACAUAUAGAAUUUACUAAUUUUAACGUUUUUUAAGUACAAUAUCCAUUACAAUUUUUUAAAAAUCGUAUUUUCAACAGAUCCACUUUUUUAUUUAAUUACCAUAAAAAGUACACUCAUAAGAAUUAAUAUAAAUAAUUAAUAAUUUUAAAAUAUUAUAAAUUUAUCGAGUACUAUCUAUUAGUGUAGUGCUUAUUCUAAGUACUUGAGUUUGCUGGUAUUUUGUCCACUUUUUUUUCUGCAAGUGCACUCUUUAGAUCGGGACGUUCGAAAGACGUACCAAAGUAAGUUAGUUUGGCACCAAACAAAAAAAGUGAAUCACUUCCGACUCCUUGAUCGCUACUUAACUGAAAGCUACUUAAGUUAUAUCUCAAAUAUUGUCGUGUUCUAUUUCUUUUUACAAUUUUAUAUUUUUGGAUUUCUUAUUGGUAGUAUAUCUCGUUAAGACUCCACAGAUCCUAUAAAUUCCUCAAUUCCGAAUCGAAAACCAACUUCUCUCUUAAGUUCUCGAAAUCCUAUACAAAUCAAAACAAUUCGAAAGUAGUAGAAGCAAAGCUUCGGAAAUGGAUCCAUACACACCGGAAAUUUUGUGGCUCGUUAUACUCGGAUUUGUUAUUGCCUUCAUAUUGGCAUUCGGUAUUGGAGCGAACGAUGUGGCCAACUCAUUCGGUACCAGCGUUGGAUCCGGGGUACUCUCAUUGCGUAAGGCCUGCUGGUUGGCGACCGUGUGCGAAGUCUCUGGAGCCGUGCUGAUUGGAUACAAAGUUUCGGAUACAAUGCGGAAAGGCAUACUGGACGUUGAAAUGUACAAAGGCACCGAAGUUGAGCUGAUGUUAGGCUGUCUAUCGGCACUGGCUAGUUCCGCUUUGUGGUUGCUGGUGGCAACUUUCUUCAAGUUGCCGAUCUCCGGAACGCAUAGCAUUGUUGGAUCGACCAUUGGUUUUAGCCUUGUCGCACGUGGAAUGCAGGGUCUGAAGUGGAGCACACUCGGAACGAUCGUCGGAUCGUGGUUUAUUUCACCCGUUCUUAGUGGUAUGAUGAGCGUGAUGUUGUUCUGGAUGAUUCGUAAGUUCAUUUUGAAUGCCAGAAACCCGCUGAAGGCUGGACUGUUGUCACUGCCACUGUUUUAUGGAACAACACUGUCGGUUAAUGUGUUUAGUAUUGUGCACGAUGGACCGAAGCUUCUUUACAUGGAUAACAUCCCAACAUGGAUAGCCGUAGCGAUCAGUGUUUUGCUAGGACUGUUAGUGGCUGUACUCGUGCAGUUGUUCGUCGUUCCUUGGCAGAAGAACAAGAUUUUAAAUCAGGACAAGCUCCCGCGCACUGAAUUCACUGUCGGUGAUUCGGACUGUGAUUCGUCCUCGAACGGAAGUCCUCGACGUACAAAACGGCCUCUGUCGUUAGUAGGUGACGGAAAGACACUACCAGCUAUAACCGAAACAACCGAAUUAGUUUCACUGUCCUCCCCGCACCAACACAACGGCUUAAUCAAGAAGCUUUCGAUUGAUCUAUCUCCACAUACAAUCAAAAACAAACCAAACCCUUACAAAAUCGAUCCUAAAAUUGUCAAAAAAGCAGAAAACCUACUGUCGGCUAACAAAAACAGUCUGGACAACACCGAUCUCACGAUAACCAGUCUCAAUUACAUUGAUGAAUAUCAGUCCACAAUCAACGGAAACGGGCGCGUCGCACUGAACUCGUAUUUCGAUCGUCGAAAUAGCAAUAACAUGCCUCCGCAAUCGCCGGAUUCUACCACCAUGAACAACGGAAUAAAAGACCAAUCGAUCACCGUCCAGAAUGGAAAGUCUCCUACGAGUCCUAAAAGCGAUAGUACGCUUCCGAUUGCCGACUACACACUUACGACGCCGAACAUUGUUCUCAACAGCACCGGCAACGAUCUCAGGAAAGAUAUGGGAAGAAUUGAAAAUGCAGCUGGACUUGACCAUACGCUAAUCAGUACGACCCUGUCUCCGAAUUCGAGUAAAGUUCCUCUAAUUAGUGGUAAGGAAGGUUCGGAAGAGAGUAGGCACAACCCAGUGGAAGAGGAAAAUGAAGACGUGUCGGCCCUGUUCUCGUUCUUGCAAGUACUGACGGCGACAUUCGGAAGUUUUGCUCACGGCGGUAACGAUGUCAGUAACGCGAUAGGACCACUCAUUGCUCUCUUUAUGAUAUACCGGGAGGGCUCGGUACUGCAGAAGUCUGAAACUCCACUGGCCAUUCUGUUGUACGGUGGCAUCGGUAUUUCCGUAGGCUUGUGGCUUUGGGGCCGCCGUGUCAUCGAGACGAUUGGAAAUGAUCUCACUAAAAUUACUCCAUCAACUGGUUUUACCAUCGAAAUUGGUGCGGCCUUUACGGUGCUGCUGGCGUCCAAAAUUGGUCUUCCGAUUUCCACCACCCACUGUAAGGUCGGCUCCGUCGUGUUUGUGGGCCAAGCUAGCGCCCCGAGGAAACUCUCGCCGGACGAGGAACGGGCCAUGAAGCAGCGCAACCCGCACGAACAUCAUCACUAUGCAACGGCACAGCAGAAGGCCGUCGAUUGGGGUCUGUUCCGGAAUAUUGUGUAUGCCUGGGUUGUCACGGUGCCGGUGGCUGCGCUACUGAGCGCCGGUUUUAUGUACGGCUUGUGUGCACUGGUGCUGUGAAUGGCAUCAGCAGCAGGUGGAGAAAUCGAAUGAGCAACUAUCCAACAACAGAAGCAAAAGGCCAUUGCUGAAGCGUGUGUCUUCAGUUGUGUAGUUUUUAAAAUUUAUUAGGUCCUAUAAGAUAUUUUCAUUUUAUGUCAGAUAUUUGAAAACUUUUAGUAAAGAAUACAUUUGUGUAUCAAACAGAUGAUAAGCCAAGCUAAUUAAAGCCAACAGUUUCAUUGAAUGCGAACAAAAGUUUGUCAUAGUUUUUAGUUUCGUUGCAGAAGCAGGUAAACUCAUUCUUAAUUUACUACAAUAGAAUAAAAGAGCAGGUAUGAUUGAUUGUUGCUGGUCUUCAAGAAUGAAAACACUGAAAGAUGAUUGUUAACAAUGUUGAACAUGUUUAAGGAGCUAUUGAAACAAUAAUUAAUUUUUAAGUGUGUCUCUUAAUAACAAACGUGAUAACAAUAGUUUGAAACUUAAAUAAACAAUGAUGUUUAAAAGAAAUCAAAUACAAUCAACCGGAACAUUGCACUUGUUUUGAAUCUGUUUAUGUUAAAUCGCUUCCAACAAAAACGUUCAUUUUCGGUAAAAAAGACUGUUCUGAGUAACAUCCUACUAACGAACAUUUAUUUCGUGUUUGCAUUUUUUUCAUAUCGUUUCGAAUCAAUUUUGUUAUGUCGUGCACUACAAAGCGUGAACGACAAAAACAGUAUCGCUUUCUUUUAUGUGAAAUCAAAAGUCUCACGAACUUGUUAGAGGUGCUCGUAUUGGAUUCUACCAGUCGCUAAUUUAGGCGCACAAACACGUGCUGUUUUAGGCGGUAUUGUGAGCACAAAUAAAAUAAAAGUUAUUCGUGAAUGUGUUACUGGUGGGAUUCCAUUUUAUCGUAAGAAAUCGUUGUUACAUUAAAUGUUGACUAAACGCUGUAUAGUGCAAACAAACAAACACAACGGCGUACAAAAACGUUAGACACAAAAUGAAUAAUCCUUAUAGGACUAAAUGUGUAUUAGAAGUUGAAUGCAGAUCUGUUUCAGCACAUGACGUUAGAUUUUAGCUUUCGUAGUUCCAUUCAAAUGGAAACAAAUUCCACCGGAAAUGUGAAUCGUUCAUCUAACGGGCUUUUUGCUCAAGCUCUUUUUUCGAUUUUUUCGUAUCUACUUAGUACACUACGAUUGAUUGACUACCCUUUAGUUCAACUGCAAAUGCAUUAUCCAAUGUUGAUUUAGGAAUCUUUGAUGAACUCGAAUACAAUUAUGCGGCGGCAACAAGUGCUUGAAUUAAUUGGAACUUUUUUAGGAGAAAUUCGUAGAGGGAAAUUAGUUGGAUGAAGCAAAUGAAACAGACAACACUUUUUCACCAUUUAUGAAGGGAUGGAAUGAUAUUUUGUUCUACAUUGUUAUGUUACCGUUCGAAUGCUAAAGCUUUCGGAACAAAAUAAAAUAAAAAAAGAACCAAUAGUUUUGAACAAAGAAUCAGUACAAAUCAGUAUACUUUUGCUACCAAUCAAGCCUACUUUUUCCUUCGCCAAUGUGCAUUCUGUCCCUUUAUAUGUAUACACAGCACACAAAUCCGUGAUAAAUGUGCUCACCUACACAACCAAUCAGAUCAAAUUCCUGCAAACAAUGGAGAGACAUCGUAAAUUUAUACUAUAUUAGAAUUAUUAAUUACUUAUAUUAUUGCUAGGGUGAUACUUCAAAUUAAAUAAAAAAGAGGAAAUGACAAGAGAAUAAGCAAAAUUUAAAAAUAUACAGCAAGAACAAGAACUAGAAUGCAGAAACAUUUUUACCCAUGGGUCCAGGAUUUUAAACGGCGUGCUUUGGUAAAAGCUUUAUAAAACAAAGCCACCAAGCGCACGUUGAGCUAUUAGCGAUUAAAACAGAAAAAGCGGUAAAAAUGGAUUCUUGUAUGACAGAAACGCAUCUUUCUGUUUCGAGCUUUGUGUACUUUCUGGAACUGACGAGUGAUAACAAAAUGUAUGAUAAUUCUACAAAGAGCGGAACGCAAUUUUGAAUGAAAGAAAUAAAAUAUAUUGGUUCGGUGUUAUUUGUUUCAAUUAACGUCGAAUUUAUGAACAUGUUAAAGAUGUUAACUUCGAGAAGUAAUUCCAAAAUGAUCUACCGAAGUGCUCGAAAUUUUACAGAUAUUCUAAGCUUUUUACUAAUGAUUGGUAAAAACGAUACAUUUCAGUGUCGGUGCCAUUUUUCGAUCGGCUGCUGCAGUUAAAGAUUACAUUAAUAAACAAAGUAUAAUGUGAUUCCAGUUUUAUUCGAACCGAUAAUUUUUAUUUGAUAUAUAAGCAAAUUUUCAUAAUUUUGUUAUCACUCGUUCGUAGGCGAUGCCGAAUUGAACUCACUAUCCUUAAUUAAACAGAAUCAACGAGAUACUUAAUGCUUGUACUUAGCAAUCGUAGGCGGUGGAAAUAAAAUCGGGUUGAACUGUAUGGCUACGUGAGUAGUAGGUCAUUUUUCUGCGAUUGAUAAUCCGCACGAUUCUCUUUCGUACAUUUUCGGAAAUUUUAAGAAUGAACACUAUUGCUAAAGACAAGAAGUAACUGUAGUAACGAAACAUUGAAAGGUGUACAAAAAAAAAAAAGAUGUGACGUGAUUAGCUGUGUAAGCAAACCAGACAAAAAUAAAUCUUUCAACCCAACAUAAA